AUGGCUCCUGCCACGGAUCUCAAGGAGGUUGUGGAGAGCGAGAUCAAGGAAUGGCACUUCCAUAUCUAUUUCCACCAGAAGAACGCCGAAGAGCACCACGCCGCCCUCGAACUCAGAAACGCGGUCUUGCGACUCCGGAGGGACGGAGCAUUCAUCGCGGUGCCACUCUUCCGCGUGAACAUGGAACCGAUGGGCCCUCAUCCUGUCGGUAUGCUCCUACGAAUAUGGUGUCCGUCCGAGUCCUUCGCAUCGUUGUACUCGUACCUAUGCAUGAACAGGGGUGAUCUCAGCAUCCUAGUCCAUCCCUUGACCCGCGAGGAGCGCAAAGACCAUGAGAUCCGUCUAGCAUGGAUGGGCCCUUCUUUCCCUCUCGAUCUCUCUACACUUCCUGUGCUGAGCGAGGAGGUCCCAUUGCAAUACCCUAGUCUCAGGCUCGGAUACUCCUCCACGGCACCGAAGCCAACCAUGGAGGAACGCCAGCGUCUUGGUCGGAAUGUUGAGCAGAUCCUCAAGAGCGAAAAAGAAGCAGCGAAAGCUCCCACUGACUACUAUGUUAGAUGA